AUGGACGAACUCCCAGCAUCUCGCUUCGUGGACACAGCAGAAGAAGAUCCAUAUUGGAUCCAUCCAUUCAUAGUAAUCAAAUCUGCUUUUUCAAUGUUGACUGGCUCUUCAACAGAAAACUUAAUGCAAGUGCUACAUGUAAAAUCAAUGCUAGCCAGUUUUGCUCAAGGUUUUUCUAAGAGUAACAGAGCUACAGUUAAGCAAGCCAUGAGGAAGGCUCAUCAUGAGAACUAUACAUUUGUUUGGAAGAGAACCCUACAACAACUUAAUCAUGAGUUUCAAGUUCCCGAUAAGUUGGAUUAG